AUGACAGUUGCACCAACAACUACAACGGCUGCACCAACAAUCACAACAACAUCUGCGGCAACAACCACGACAGUUGCACCAACAACCACAACAGCUGCACCAACAACCACAACAGCUACACCAACAACCACAACAGCUGCACCAACAACCACAACAGUUGCACCAACAACCACAACAGCUGCACCAACAACCACAACAGUUGCACCAACAACCACAACACAAGCACCAACAACCACGACAGCUGCACCAACAACCACAACAGCUACACCAACAACCACAACAGCUGCACCAACAACCACAACAGCUACACCAACAACCACAACAGCUGCACCAACAACCACAACAGUUGCACCAACAACCACAACACAAGCACAAACAACCACAACAGUUGCACCAACAACCACGACAGCUGCACCAACAACCACAACAGCUGCAACAACAAUCACUACAGUUGCAAAAACAACCACAACAGCUGCACCAACAACUACUACAGCUCCACCAACAACCACAACAGCUGAACCAACAACCACAACACAAGCACCAACAACCACAACAGCUGAAACAACAACCACAACACAAGCACCAACAACCACAACAGCUGCACAAACAACCACAACAGCUGCAACAACAACUACGACAGUUGUGCCAACAACCACAACAGCUGCAGCAACAACUACGACAGUUGCACCAACAACCACAACAAGUGCACCUACAACAACGACAGCUGCACCAACAACUACAACAACUACACCAACAACAACAACAGCUGCACCAUCAACUACGACAACUGCACCAACAACCACAACACAAGCAGCAACAACCACAACACAAGCAGCAACAACCACAACAACUGCACCAACAACCACUACAGCUGCACCAACAACCACGACAGAUGCACAAACAACCAGGACAGCUGCACUAACAACCACAACACAAUCACAAACAACCACUACAGCUUCACCAACAACCACGACAGUUGCACUAACAACCAUGACAGGAAGGAUCAGUUGUAACAGAGAUGGAUGCAUCAUUCUCCUCCCUACCCAAUAA